CAGUGCCUGGGAUUGACAGGUGCCCAAUUCAGGGUGCACCUGCUUCUCGCUGAAGAUUUAAUGGAAUGGGCUCCAAUUUCCUGUGAACCCUAAUGAUGACGACUAUGGAAAAGGAGAGCGGUGGAUUUAGCAAACCAUUGUUUAGUCACAGUUAGUGUUUGAAAUACUUUAGGAAAAGGUUCACUUUAUCAUUGUAAAACCAGUAUUUAAAAAAAAAAUGACACGUGGGUAAAUUUCGGAUUGUGGAUUUUUACAAAUUUGCAGUAAAUGCUCUUGCCAGCUCUUUUUGUAGAAAAAUGACUUGGAUUUUCUUUGGAAACCAGCAGAGGGCGGUGUGGGCCUCAUCUUCAACGCAGUAAUGCCCCUUUUUUUAUGGAGCGGGGUGGGCUCUCAACCUCGGAACUAUUUAAAAUCACAUUGCUUUCUGCCUUACAGCAAUCUUUUUGUUUAUAGGUUUCCACCGCGUUUAAAAGAAAUCGUGACUGACAUUUUGACCGCUAUCUUUAAACCUCGAUCUUUUUUUUUUUUUUUUUGUACACUGCUGCGUUAUUUUCGUCGCAAUGAAAGUCGAAUUUGAAGUUGACCUCGCGGUCUUUCGUUGGAAGCGUUCUGCAGAGAGUGAAGGGAGAUCAUUGUCAGCUCUGCACUGUGGAGCAGAAUAGAAGUGCUUAACUUGGAUCGUACGCACGCCUAUGAAGUUCUACCAAUUUACUACAGUUUGACUGUGAACGUUAAUAUAUUUUGAGUUUUUCAGGUGACACAGCCCACUUGUUGCGUGCCUCAAUGUGAAGGACGAGAAAAAUAGCUGGACUUUGGCCGGAAUCUUUUCGUUGCUGGCGAAAGAUUUUCUUUUUGUUCGACUGUACCUCCAUCACUUCUCAGCGGACCAUGAAGAUGCCAGCUCAAGAGCCCAGAUCUCAAAUCCUGAUCGCUUCGGUCUACUUACUCUCUCUGGUCCUUGGCACCACUACGGCAGAUGUGGAGCAGGAGCGCUUCAAUGUGGAAGCAUGGCUUCGUCAGUUCGGCUACCUGUCUCAGGCAAGUAGACAGAUGUCCACUAUGCAGUCAGCUCAGAUCCUGUCCCAAGCCAUCAGUGACAUGCAGCGUUUCUACGGCUUGGAGGUGACCGGAAUGUCGAACGCUGCCACUGUCGCGGCCAUGCGACGACCUCGUUGUGGCCUCCCAGACAAAAAAGCCGGCACGGAUGAUGGUGUGAGGAGGAGACGCUACGCUCUCACAGGACAACGGUGGGACAAGGACCACAUUACAUACAGUAUAUUGGACCAGCACAUCCCACGCUCCCUGGGAGCGCAAAAGACGUACGAUGCAAUCCGGAGAGCUUUUGAUGUGUGGCAAAGGGCCACAGCGCUCACCUUCCAAGAGCUUCCAGUUCAACAUGGCAACAGCAGCCAGGAGCAGCUCGCAGACAUCCUGCUCUUGUUUGCUUCUGGUUUCCAUGGUGACAUGUCCUUGUUUGACGGCGAGGGGGGCUCACUGGCCCAUGCCUUCUACCCUGGGCCCGCCAUGGGCGGGGAUACACACUUUGAUGCAGACGAGCCGUGGACUUUGGACCGUUCAGACGUCCAAGGUGUUGACCUCUUCCUGGUUGCGGUCCACGAACUUGGUCAUGCUUUAGGUCUGGAGCAUUCUGACAAUCCCAAUGCCAUCAUGGCUCCUUUCUACCAGUGGAUUCAUACGCACAACUUCACGCUGCACAAGGAUGAUAUCCAGGGAAUACAGCACAUAUAUGGUCCCCCUCGUGUUACUGAGGCUCCUCCCACUUCUGGUGGUGAUCAGGAACAUGCAUUACCCACCUCCAUUUCUCCCCCUGAGGAGAAAACCACUCAUCCUCCCCCAGUUGAUGCUGAACCUGAAACCUUGAGCCCUACUGAAGGAAGCCCACAUGUCCCCAGCAAGACCGAACUGGCCACCACCCCAACAACCACCACCACCACCGUUAUCCCCACCACUUCCCAUUCCAGAGUAACACCACCCAUCAGAAAGGACGUGCCCCUUCCUCCGCCUACUCGCCGGACCCCUAAGCAGCCGGAUAACCAGGCUCCAGAUAUCUGCGAUGGAGACUUUGACACUGUGACACUUCUGAGAGGAGAGAUGUUUGUGUUCAAAGGUCGCUGGUUUUGGCGCGUGCGGAGGAACCGGGUUCUGGACAACUAUCCCAUGCCAAUAUCUGUCUUCUGGGUUGGUCUUCCUAGCGGCAUUGAUGCAGCUUAUGAACGUCACGAUGGCAAAUUUGUCUUCUUUAAAGAUGAUCAAUACUGGGUGUUUAGGGAAGCAGAUCUCCUGCCAGGAUACCCGCAGCCCAUUCGGGUAUACGGUGAAGGAGUUCCACCUCAUGGCAUUGACACAGCAGUCUGGUGGGAGCCAAAUGGAUAUACCUACUUCUUCUCUGAUGACCGGUACUGGAGAUUCAACGAGGAGACCCGUAAAACGGACAGAGACUUCCCAAAGCCAAUCAGCAGAUGGGGAAAGAUCCCUUCUUCACCCAAAGGAGCCUUCCUCAGUGAUGAUGGCGCGUACACCUAUUUCUACAAAGGGACCAAUUACUGGCGGUUUGACAACCACAAGACGGUAGCGGACAAAGGCUACCCACGCUCCAUCCUCAAAGAUUUCAUGGGCUGUGUGGGUGUCCCUGAGCCUCAGCCAGAUGCAGACAUUGAGCCCGAAGCUGAAGACAAACCCACAAAGACUUCAGACAGAGGAGAGGAAGAGUGCAAUGAUGUGGACUGUGGGAAGGACAAAGACACGGCACCGGAAAAAGAUGGUGCCGACCCAGAUGUUGAGGAGGAAGACAGGGAAGUGAACGUGUUGGUGACGGUGGCCGACAACGAAUCCAAAGUUAUGUUCUUAAUCAUGGUGGUGGUUCCUCUGGUGCUCAUCCUGUUUAUCCUGGUUCUCAUCUACGGCAUCCUUAGGACUCUGCAGAAUAAAGAGACCCCCAGGGCUCUGGUGCACUGUAAGCGCUCGUUGCAGGACUGGGUGUGACGCAACGCGCACUGAUAGAUACGCUAUUUUUAUUUUUUUCUGCAGGGUUUUGGUAGGAAAAAUUUCUUUAUGGCUAUUUUGCCAUGGAUGAUAAUCAGCAACCUGUGAAAUGGUUACUAUAGUGCCUGUGGAGCUAGUUCACAAUUUACAUACUUUCCCUUGUGCCUUUUUCCUUUUUAUUCGGUCACUUUUUCCCAGCUGCCACAGACCUACUGUGGAAGAAAAUACGGCACAAUAAGAAUAGACUGUUUUUAAUCAUUUGUAGCCAAACGGAGGUUAGGAGAGACUUUUUUUUUUUUUUAAUGAUUCAGCAAUGGUCACACAACUAGAGGAAAAACAUUUGCACUUGGAGUUUCUUUAUUUUGUUUUGCACUUGCUUCCUUGCAGAUGUUUGAUGUGCAUGUGUGGAAAUACUAGCCAAAGUAUUCGACAGACGUCACAUGAUCUCAAGUGCCCCUAAAGAGAGGAGACACUGACACAACCAUUUUUUAUUUUUUCAUUAUUUUUUGCUGCAUACAAACUCUCGGCUCCAGCCUCCCCUCUCGCAACUGAGAUGUCUGUUUAGGUCCACCACUAAAUGUACAAUCCCAGCGGAAUUGUAUUAUUGUACAAUAUGGCCAGUGUCAUAGCUGUCAUGAGUUUCAUUUUGUGGUAUUUAACUAAUCAUGCCUUUGCUUUAACUUAAACCGGAAUCAGUUUCUUGUAUUAAAGCGAGAUAGGGGUCUGCUACAAUUAGAUGUUGAGUAUGACUAAAUAAGAACUGCCCAGGUUCUGGUUUCCAUUAGAGGCCCGCACAUUGCAGAUUUAGUAAUGAGAAGCGAGCGCGAGAGAGAGAGAGAGAGAAAUGUUGAAGAAAUGAAACUGUUGAUGAGGAAAUGAGAGCGAAUGAUGAUGAGGGUGAAGUGAAGGGUCUGCCAUGUUUUUUUCCCUUAGAAAAGGAGUGAAGGAAGAAAAGAAUGAACGAGGGAGGAGCAGCGCUGGCGUUGUGCCUCCUGACUUACAUGACUCAAAUCCCACUCCGUUUCCCCCCCCCCACCGUUUGUUGCGAUUAGCAGGAGAUGACUUCCUCUUUCAACUCCUCCCUUCCUCCUCUAUCUUUCUUCACAAAUUCUUCGUCUCACUCUACUUGUUUUGGUCCCAUAUCUAUUUUAUUGAUCUGCAAUAUGAACCUGAAGAAUUUCCAAAGAUUGCUGCCCUUCCUGCACCUUUUACAGAUUCAACAUGAAAAGCCAAAAAUCACAGUCUACAGUCCUUUGUAUUUGUGGUUUGUGGAUUCUUCCUUUUUAUAUGCAACUUUAUCUGUAAUUUUAUACACUUGAGCAGUUGUAUAUUAUAUUCCAAAAGAGUUCCUGCAUGCAGAGCAUGUUGUGUAGCGGGGCCUGCUUGCUCCCGUGUGCCGUUAGUUUCAGAGUUGACAAUAAAAUCCACUGGUGAAAGUUCAA